UGCUGCUACGCAGUCUGUGUAGAACGUCAUGUUCUCGUGUUAUCUGAGAAGAAACAAUGGAUUUCUACCAUUCAGGAAAGUACCUAUUCUUAAUAUCUUGCGUUUCACACGGGAUAAUAACAACACUAAGAAUAUCUCUACAUUUGAAAGGAAAUGUGGACUUCAGCAACAGGGAAAACUUAUAAAUAGUUAUUUGAGUGGGCCCCGCGAUAUUCCACUGAUAAAGCUAACCUUGGGCCAGCUACUACAACAAGCUGCGGACAGAUUUGGAGACCGGACAGCAGCCGUUUUUAUCCAUCAAGAUAUCAGAAAGACGUUUCAUCAAGUGUUGGUUGAUGCGGAUAAAGCUGCUGCUGGGUUACGCUCAUUGGGUUUGAAGCGCGGCGAUAGGAUCGGCAUUUGGGGUCCAAAUUCUUACGAAUGGCUUUUGACACAAUGGGCGGCGGCAAGAAUAGGAUUGAUACUUGUAAAUAUUAAUCCGGCAUAUCAAGCUGAAGAACUGCGCUAUGUACUAGAAAAAGUUGGUGUUAAGGCUUUGGUCGUGGCUAAACAUUUCCGCAACACGAAUCUCAUGGACAUUUUAAGUCAACUGGUUCCUCAAUUGGACCCUAAUCGAAACACAAAUCAACACGAGGACACCCAAAAACCUCUCGUUUCUUGUUACCUGAUACCAACACUAGAAAGAGUGAUAGUAAUGUCAGACGAACCACAAAACAAUGGGGUUCUGCGCUGGCAGGAUUUGAUGGAAUUAGCUUCAACAGCUUUAAUCGCUGAAAUUCAUAAUCUCCAACGAGAUAUCCAGGUUGACGAUGCGGCUAAUAUUCAAUUUACUUCGGGGACAACUGGGAGUCCAAAAGGUGCAACUUUAUCCCAUAACAAUAUUGUCAACAACUCUUAUAAUGUUGGACUAAGAGUUGGAUAUCAUCAGAAAGAACAUAAAAUUUGUGUCCCUGUUCCACUGUAUCACUGUUUUGGAUGCGGCCUCGCCGUGUUGGCUGCUGCUUCAUUUGGAGCAGCGUGUGUAUUUCCAAGUCCGGUUUUUAGUGCUCGAGAAGCAGUUAAAGCAAUUCACCAUGAAAGGUGUACAUCUUUGUACGGGACUCCGACUAUGUUUGUUGACAUUCUUAACCUGCCUGAUCUUAAGCAAUACGACCUGAAAAGCCUAUCGACAGGUAUUAUGGCUGGGGCACCAUGUCCAGAAGAAAUAGCCAAAGGAACUAUUAAGGACUUGAACAUGAAAGACUUUGCGAUUUUGUAUGGAAUGACCGAAUGCAGCCCAGCUACAUUUAUGACACUACCCAACGACAGCUUCGACCUGCGCUGUUCUACAAUCGGAUAUCCGGGCGAACACGUCGAGGUUAAGAUCGUUGACCCACAGACAAACGAAGUUGUCCCUAUCAACACCCCAGGAGAAAUCUGCACAAGAGGCUACAAUACUAUGUUAGGCUAUUGGAAUCAACCGGAUAAAACAAGCGAAAUCAUCAGCGAGGAUGGGUGGAUUCGAUCCGGUGAUUUAGGUGUCUUAAACGAAGACGGGUACGGGAAAAUUGUUGGGAGGAUUAAAGAUAUGAUUAUCCGAGGGGGAGAAAACGUAUAUCCCCGUGAAAUAGAAGAGAUUUUGCAUGCACACCCUUCCGUGCAAGAGGCGCAAGUGGUUGGGGUUCCCGAUGAAAGACUAGGGGAAGAAAUUUGUGCCUGGAUUCGCUGCAAGCCUCAAACUCAUUUGGAUUCUCUUGAAUUGAAGAAAUUCUGUUCAGAAAAGAUGGCCUAUUUUAAAGUUCCCAAAUAUUGGAUGUUUAAGGACAAAUUUCCAUUAACGGUGACUGGUAAAGUAAAAAAAUUCGUCAUGAGAGACAUUUCUGUAAAAGAACUGGGGCUUUAGAUAUAUUCAAUCAACAGGGGAAAUUGACUGAACGUAAUAAAUCUGUUAUUUGUCCUUAAAAUACAAUCAAUCCCCCCGCGUGCAAAUAAAAGUCGGUUGCAACGCAAAA